AUGUCUGCAGAGAAGCAGCGCCCCGAGGUGCCCAUGGUCAUGUACGAGCCGCGGCACCGAGCGGAGCCCUCGGCCCCGGCGCUGGGCCAGGACGGGGGCUAUGAGUAUCCUUCUCCCCCACCUUACUCCUACCGAGAAACCACGGUCAUCGAGGAGCCCGUUUAUUUGGUGCCCCAGCCUCCCAUCAUCGUCGCAGGGAUCUUCUCCAGCAAACCAACAUCCACAAUCUGUCCUUCCUGCCGCCAGCACAUCACCACCCAGGUCACCUACAGACUGGGCAAGCUGUCCUACCUCCUGUGCACCAGCCUGUGCAUGGUCGGGUGCUGCUUCGGAUGCUGCUUCGUCCCCCUCUUCGUGAAGAUCUUCAAGGAUGCAGAUCAUUACUGCCCAUGCUGCCAUUUUCACAUUUAUAGAUACAAAAGACUAUAG